CCGUUAGCGCCGCCCGCACCCCCCCCCCUCUCGGCCUGUGCCCGUGUCCCACUCGUAGGACUCCGUUCCGAAGCGCAACGUCCUGAAGGAGCUGUGCCCGCCUUAAGGCUCCGAGGGGUUGUUGAGAAGCGGCUGUGGUCGUGGGCCGGUGGCGGCGGGGGGAAGCGCACGGGCAGCGCUCGUGGGGUAGCCAGGGCCGCCGGGGGGUCUGUCCCGCACAGUGCCUCGUGCGGGGGAAGCUGAGGGUUGCCGGGGGCAGCACGGGCAAGGGAAGGUUGAUUUUUUCCACACUUAAGAAAGCAGUUCCUUCACCGUGGAGGUGGUGGUCACAAGCGGCAGCUGUGGUGUGUUAAAAGCAGUCAGGCGCUAUCAGCUUAUUCAGACUCUUAUCAGCUCUAGUCACAUCCCAUAUAGGCAUAUCCUGUCACUUACAUGUCCCGUUUUGUGAAAAUCAGAUCCCCGUCCUCCUGUCUACAGAGCGGAAGUAAUACCCGGUGGGAUUGUGCACCUCUGUAAAGCCCCUCAGCAUCUCCACAGAGGCCUUGAGGUUGGAAGGGACCCUUAAACAUCUUCAGGACUGGCAGCCCUGCCCAGGCACAGCACGUUGCUUGGGACUGCCCAUGAAAUGAUUUUGUGAAAUUAAAAAUUGGGAACUUUACUCUUGCACCAAUGGGUGUUCUAUAAACUUAGAGAUUUAGGGGUAGGUACUUGUAAAAAGUUUAUCUGUGCGUAUUUGGACUUCAGUUAACAAUUUAGGUAUUUGGUUACUACUGUAAUUCAUGGAAUCACAAGUGGAUGAAGGAUCAGAGUUCGUGAGGAAUCUCAGGAUGUUCUUUGUAGCACAUUUACCAUAAAUAAGCACUGCUUCUUCCACAAACUUCGAUUAAUUAUGUUUUUUUUUUUCUUUCUUUUUUUGUGGGAGCCAGUAUUUUGGGGAAGGAAGGGAACCUUGACUUUUGGGGUGGUUUCAUGUCCUAUUUGAGCUGAAGGGAGGAGUUAUUUUCUUGUAACUUCAGAUUGUGGGAAGCAACUUCCACAGCUGCUACCUUGUGGUAGGUUAAGAAGGUCCUUCAUUAUGCUCAUUACUGCUGGAGUUUGCAGGCUGGAGAGGAGGCUACUGGAAGGGCAUCAAUUGCUCUGACAAGAGGUGUUAUUAAUUGAAUUAAAUAUUCACUUCAAAGCCUCAUUUGGACCCAUGCAGGUUUUCUUUUGAGGCAGAGUGAAGUCUGUAAGCUUAUUUGUAUAGAUUCAUUUACAGUCCUUUAAACAGUAGCAAAGGCUUCUGUUAGUUUGUUGUAGUCUUGCUUUCAUCUGGGGAAGUACACUUCCCUGCCUUAAAAAGGCUUAGUUGUGUUAAGUGCUUGGAACAAAAAUAAGUUCAAAAUUAUGCAAACUAUGAAUAAAUAUUAUCUGACAUUCAGAGAGUAAAAUUACUGUUGAUGUUGGUGUUCAAAACUGACUUCCUGAUAAGUCUUACAUUAUACGAAAAAUGUAUGAAACUGUAUUCGGAAGAAGGCAGUUUAAAAGAGAAAUAGUUAUAAACAUAACUAUUAAAGAGAUUGUUUAUCCAGACUUCUUUUUUUUCAUUUUUAAAAUUCUUUAAAUGCUAAGUGGAGAUAAUUGUAGGUUAUAAUUAUGACACCUGCAUUUGAAAGCAAUUGAGUUAGCUUUUAUGUAUGGAUGACGCAAAUGAUGCUUAAUUGAAAGUGAAGGGAACCCAAACAUGGCUUUGUUUUGCGGUGUAUUUUAUUUGGAGUUGUUUUAUAUAAAUAUAUAGCUCUUGGAUACUGGCCAGUGGCAUGCAGGGAAAGUCUGGGAUGGUGAAAUACUUGUUCAUCUUUUAAAGAAUAUAAUGAAUACAUAAUACAAAAAAGUUGUCUGUGCUCAGAGAUCCCUGUUUGCUGCCCAGAAUACUAACUUAAGUUACCUGUUUUCCCACGUGUGCCAGGGUGUGGGCUGGAGUGACUGGCCAUGGGGAUGCUCGUCUCUGUUGACAAUUUUUCAGAGGAUAUGAUUCUGGUGGAACAGGCCGCUGGGAGAAGUCUCUUCAGGCAGACUUAGCAUAAGUUGGUAGGGUUUGUCUGACAGUCCUUAGCUUUCUAGGCAUCUCAGUUUUUAUACAUUUCUAUUUAAUUUCUUUAAUUGGCUAUCAUUUCAGGGAAUGAGUUUGUGUACUGCACAAAAAAACAGAAAGCCUGGGAUAGAAAUGAGCUGUCUUCGAGACCAAUGUCUACUAUUUGUGUCGGCAUUUGUGUACAAACAACUAUGUGCAGCUGAUUUUGCCCAAUUAAAAAUAGUUGGUUUUUUUUUUUUUUUUUUUUUAAGACGUUAACCAAUUGGAAUUUUAUGAAUGGCUUUAAGUUGGGUAUUUUCCAGUGGUUGGCAGACACCAAGUACAAAGUUGUAACUACGUGGUUUUUUUUAGAGAUUACUUCUCUUGAUCUUCUCUCAAUACAAACCUUUCCUUGAUUAAUUUCUGUUCUCUCAGAUUUUAGAAAUGCAUGAAAGGAGACAGCUACAGUUGUGCUCUGAAAUUAGAAACAUCUCACACACGUUCACAAAACGUAUGCAUUUGGCAUAGUCAUAUGCUUUGCUAUGAAGACUUAAGAAAUCGCUUCGUGCGCUUCUCUUUUGGUGUGUUAACGAUCUGGGACAGCCCACUACCGCCCAGUCUGGUGGACAGAGUGCAACACGAUGCAAAUCUAUGCUGGAGAGGGAGCAGGGUGGAGUGCGUUCUGCAUGGUGUGCUUCUGGCUUGUAUCACUAUAUUGUGGGGUCAUCCCUAAAGAACAUGUACAUUCUCUGUUAAUUUUUUCAAGGUUUUAUUUUCCUUUUUCUCUCUUCAUUUUUUUCUUCUUCUUUCUCCUUUAACUUUUUCUUUACCCUUUGGGUUUUUCUUUUCUUUUUCCUUUUUCUUUCUUCUCUAUGUUUCUUGCAACAAAAGUUUUCUGCUGUAGAUAUUUUGAUAUUUUUAGGAAGUUUAUUUUCUGAUCUUGUCUACUUUACAACCAUGUUUUUUUUUGUUUGUUUUUUCUUUCCUCAGGUUUGCUUUCAUAGGCUUAUGAGUCUAACUCAAGCUGAUGCCUUCUGUAUACCCGGAAAGGCAAUAUUAUACAAGUACCAUUCUGUGAAGAAUCUCUUCUUCCCUGUUUGCCAUUCUUUGUGCUUUUUAUGCAACUCUGUUAUGCACAGACUCCUACUCCUUCGCCCCAUGGAAGUGAGAAUGUUGAACGACAAAUGUUAGCCCAAAUGAGUUCCGUGAUCAUACACUGUUGGGCAAUCAAGAUUGUUGCACUUCAUCUGAAUCUGUAUUGAGUUAAUCAGAAAAAAAAAAAAAAAGCAGGGGAGAAUGCCGUUUAUGUAUACCUAGUCUUGACUUUCAAAUUUGCAUAACGUUGCAGCUCAUACUGAUUCUGCUUGGAAUUUCGAUAAGCUGCAUUUUAGUACUUGCAGUUGAAAACAUACUGCCUAAAUAAUUGUACUAUGGUUUUUGUGCAUCUUUGGGAAGACUUGAUUACAGAAAAAAUUGAAGACUCAUUUGGUCUCCACUGAAAUCAAAUGAAUGAGAGGAGUGGAGGAACUGCAAUUAAUUUCUACAAAGUAAUAUUAAUGUUUUUGACACUGGAAGGCUGAGUAUCCUUGGUCUUUGUGGAGGCAUCAUAAGUAAGAACUGGCCAAGGUUUUUUAAAGCUGCCCAGCAGACUGGAACAUGGAGCCGCAGCUAGACCCCAUGAAGGAUGACCUGCCCUUAAUGGCCAACACUAGCCACAUGCUUGUAAAGCACUAUGUAUUGGACUUGGACGUAGAUUUUAAAAGUCAAGUUAUUGAAGGCUUCAUAGUUCUGUUCUUGGAGACUGGGAGCAGGUACAGGAGAGCCAGCAGUACUGGAGAGGAAGGCUGCCAGUCACAGUUUGAUGAAACCUGCAAAAUUAGGGCAUCGGAACAAGGCCACGUCCCUGUGUCAAAUGCAAGUGCCUGUUCAUCUAAAAUGGAAUAUAAUGAUUUUGCUGUCUGUGGUAAAGGUGAAAAAGAUACUUCUGAUAAAAAUGGUAACCAUAGCAACGAGGAACAGGCUUCUGGGAUUUCUAGUUCAAAGAACUGCUGUGACAUAGAGAAUCAUGGGAACGAGGAUUUUCUGCUGGUGUUGGACUGCUGUGAUUUGUCUGUGCUAAAGGUUGAGGAGGUAGAUGUUGCUGCUGUGUCAGGCAUUGAAAAAUUCACAAGGUCUGCCAAACUAACUGAUGUUUCAAAGGAGCUGGCAAAUCUCAGGAAUCAGAUUGUACAUGAACUUGUGACUUUACCUUCGGAUCGCUGGAAGGAACAGCUAUACUAUUACACUUGCUGCAGCCAGGCACCUGGCUGUGGAGAGCUUCUGUUUGCUACUGGCACUUGGAGCUUGGAGAUAAGGAAAUCAGGAAUUCGGACUCCAGCAGACUUCCCUCACGCAAUUAGAAUACAGUACAAAACCAAACCAGAGGGAAGAUCUGUUACAUGGACUACAGACCAGAGCGGCAGGCCAUGCGUUUAUACGAUGGGAUCACCAAUAAACAACAGAGCUCUUUUCCCUUGCCAAGAACCACCCAUUGCCUUGUCAACGUGGCAAGCAUCAGUCCGAACAGCUGCAAGCUUUGUUGUUUUAAUGAGUGGUGAAAACUCAGCAGAACCAGUCCAGCUUCAAGAAGGUAUCAUGAGCUGGUACUACUAUGUGACAAUGCCAAUGCCAGCAUCCACCUUCACUAUCGCUGUGGGAUGCUGGCAAGAAGUUAAACAGUCCUUCACACCUGCUGUCCAGACAAACAAUGAGUUUUCUUUGCCAUGUUCACAAGCUGAUUUCAGAUGGCAUGAAGAAAGCUGUGGACAUGUGGAAUAUCCCUGCCGUUUCCAAAGUCCUGCUGCCAGGUUGCAGAGAGUCAUUCCUUACAGAGUCUUUGCUCCCUGGUGCCUUAUGAAAUGCUGUGAAGAACAUCUACUUCAGCUCAUUCCUCAGUGCCUUUCAGCUGCUUACACAACACUGGGCACCCAUCCCUUUUCCAGGCUUGAUGUUUUGAUAGUUCCUUCCAACUUUUCCAGCCUGGGAAUGGCUAGCCCACACAUCAUCUUCCUGUCACAGAGUGUAUUACCUGGGGGGCGCCAUCUCUGUGGAACACGUCUGUGCCAUGAAAUUGCUCAUGCUUGGUUUGGACUGGCCAUUGGGGCUCGUGAUUGGACUGAAGAGUGGAUAAGUGAAGGAUUUGCCACUUUCUUAGAAGAUGUAUUUUGGGCUAGGGCACAACAGCAGCUGUCACAUGAUGAAGAAAAAGCACAGCAGGAAUUGAAAGCUUUACUUCGCUGGCGACGGCUCAGAGAUGAGGUGCAGAAUUCUGAAGAAGAGCUGCAAGUUUUAAGGCCUAACAAGGAGAGCACAGGAGAAGUGAGUGAGUCUGGUGCCUCCAUUGUCAAGCAUGGUCUUAAAGCAGAAAAAAUCUUCAUGCAGGUUCACUAUUUGAAGGGUUACUUCCUUUUGCGGUCUCUGGCAAGGAGAAUAGGAGGGGCUUCAUAUCUUGCAUCUUUACGAAAAUUUGUCAAUAAGUUCCAUGGACAGCUUGUCCUUUCUCAGGAUUUUCUUUCCAUGCUGUUGGAAGAUGUACCUGAACAAAAAGAGUCUGGGUUAACUGUUGAAAGUAUCUUCACAAACUGGCUUGACUCUUCUGGAAUACCAAAGGUUUUGUUCCUGAUAGAAGAUCCAAUAGAUUGUAGAACAGCUGCUUCAAGUAUUGCACAGAAACUAAAGUUGCACAGUUACUGCUGUAAGAUGCUGAACUGGCUGCCUGAAAUGAAAGACUUUUCUGGCAUUUUACUUUUAAGUAUGUCUCUGAAGAUGUCCCUUGCCAGUUUCCUACAAUCAACUCUAAAAUCACAAAUAAGGAAGCCCCUGCUGGAGGAGGGCGAGACGUGGAAGGAGAGCCGGCUCGUCCAGCAAGUGAGCGGCGAGGUCACAAAAUGGAUUCGGACAAACCAGAGGAUCAGAAAAAGCGGCAAAAAGAAAAGAAGGCAGGAUGAAGGCACUUUCCAAAAGCUUCUCCCUGACCAGCUGGUCUUGCUUCUGGAGUAUCUCUUGGAGGAGAAGACAUUAUGUCCCAGAACACUACAGGGCUUAGAGAAAACGUACCAGCUCCGGGACCAAGAUGCUGAGGUUCGUCAUCGGUGGUGUGAACUUGUUGUUAAACACAAAUACGUGCCUGCAUAUGGAGAUGUUGAGAAAUUUCUCAGAGAAGAUCAGGCAAUGGGUGUGUAUCUCUAUGGUGAAUUAAUGGUGAAUGAAGAUGCCAAACAACAGGAACUUGCAUACAAAUGCUUUGCUGCAGCACGAGAACAAAUGGACGUGUCCUCCGCCAAAGUGGUGGCAGAGAUGUUGUUCUGAAGAGAUACAAGAAAGAUGGAGAUGCAGUUCAUUCUGAUACUUCCGUGCUUGGAACUGUCUUCGUAUAAUCCUUAAAUAAUAAAAUAAAAAUUUCUGCAACUUCUGGUGGUAAGUAUCUACCUAGCACAGGAAUAUUAUGUAGUAUGUAUGUGCAGUAGUGUAGAAUUGCCUGUUUGACCUUUUAGACUAGAAAUGUAUGGCAAACUACAAAAAAUAAAUCUAAAGAUGCCAUUAGGAGUGUGACUGUGUGACUGCACAGCUUUCUUGUAGUGUUGUGGCUGUUUGGGUUCCUGGCAUGAUGAUUUGUGAGUUAAGAUUAAAAUCACAUUGCCAGGGAUUACCACAUAGCCAUGACCGCAGCUGCUACUCUGAAAAUCUCCGUAACUAUCUGAUACGUGUACCCUGUGGCAUCCUCUCCAUCCGUUAAGCAAAAAAAAUAAAGUCCAAAGAGGAAAGGAGCAGACGCGUCACGGAAGAACCUCAUCUGAAAAAUAGUUGUACUCAGACGGAGACCUCUCUGGCGAGGUGCAGAGCUUAGCUGAUUGGUGAACAGUGAUUGUUUUCCUCUUUGUUCACAGUGGCUAAGUUCUGCACCUGAAGAGAAGGUGAGAUGAGGACGCUUAAGUGUCAGCCUGCGUGGGGCAGGGAGCACUUGAUGCCUGAGAUACAUUGCUGCUUGGCGGGCAGUGUUACAAUAAGUGCUUGUGCGCAGAUACAGGACGUGGAGGCUAACGAGCAAAAGGGGCUUAGGAAGGACCAUAGACUUGUUUUGUAGUUGAAAAUAAACAUCGCUCCUAAAUUUCUCAGCCUGACUACAAAAGGAGGGUAUUGCCCAAGAGUAACCUGGUUGCUGAGCUUUUCUAAAGGUCAUAGGAAAUAAAUGUUUGCGAUGCUAAACUGGAAUUGUCUAUAAAGCUUUGUUUUGUAGGCUCUUCUUUAACGGAUGCUCUCGUGACUUCUCCGCAGUUGUAGCUUAGCGUUGUGUACCAUUCGCAGGAAGGUGGUUGUUUCCGACUGGAGCUGCCACUUACGGCUGCUGCUGUUGUUCCAGGCGUUGAUGGACCCGUCCUCCGGUGCCUACUGAGCUGAUAUCAGUUCUGAUUUUACACACUGGCUCAGUUCAGCAGGAACAGGAGUCGAGCCCUAGAGCAAAAAUAAAUAAAUAAAUAAAUAAAUAAAAUAAAGUACCUUUCUAGGAGCCUUUGAGAAAUGUUGUUACUGUCUUCUCUCUAAAACCAAAUCAGUAUACAUUGCGCUGUCCUGACGUUAAACACCAUGCGCUUAAGGUGGACAAGCUACCUCAGUACUGUUUAGAGAACUGUUGGCUUAAGACGAGAAGGUAUGUGGAUAUGUGUAACAUCACACAGCGUUGCUCCAGUGACUGACCUCCAGCAUUGUGCUCAGAGUAACCUGCUAAUAACCGGGGGAGGUGCUUGUCCUUUGGCUCUUUCAUGUCUUCUCCAAACCUUGUUGUGGUAGCUCUAAGGAGGUCCCCCUUCUGGGUACCGAGGCUUCUUAUCUCAGAAAAUAUAAGGGGAAACAGUGUUUUUAAAAAUACAGUUAUAAAUUUAGCUUUGUUAACUUUGUAACCACGGUUAUGCUCUACUAGUAAGCUUAAAAAACACAACACAAACCUUCAUAUGAAAGACUGGGCCAAUCAAGAAUGCACAGAUAACCCUUUAUUGUGACAGAGUAAUAACUUUUGCUGCUGUUUCCGUUGCAGGAAAGAUCACAGAGAAAUUCUUUUAAUAUAUCUCCUCCUAAACCCCGGUGGUACUAGGAUUUCAUUGACCCAAGACAUCAAAGGAAGGAUUAUGUGACUGCUAAAACAAUCAGCUGACAGAAACAUUUACCUUUCAGUAUUUAUGUUUUCCAGAGGCUCAGUGUAACCAAGAACAGGUAAAAAUGUACACGCACAAGACCAGCAACACACACAGGUACACACACUCCAGUGUGCCUCCAGGUAGUUUUUUAAUACCAGCAGCUGGGGUUUUAUCCUCGCUGCUUGGUGGUACAACUGGUGCAGUUUGCAGAGGCCCAAGGACUCUUGACUUGAAUGAUUUUAUGUACUGCAGUAACUUGGCCAAACACAGGAACUACUGAAAUUUGAUAACACUGUAUGCUGUGCUUAAAAUUUUGUUUGUAACUUCAAUGACAAAUUAAAAAGUUAAUAUAAAAUCAGAUGGAUGGCUGGGGUGGGGAAGUUGACUGGAAGAUGGAAUAAUCUGUGGAAAGUGACCAACCAGCGAUCUGGUGAUUGGAUGAACUCUGAAGCAAAAAUGAAGAUCAGGAUUUUGUCUCUGUCUUGUUUAGGUUGACUUCUACCAGAACUGUACCUUUCAUUUUCUGGACUUUCUUCCGUACCUCUGUGCUGCCCCUUUUUUUAGUGAUGUAUCAAAUGCAGCUCUUCUUUUCUAGGGAUGUACAGCUCCACUGAUCACAAGACAUCUAAAAUGUGCCUUUCAGAGAGGGACUUUUAAAACAAAAGCAUUUGUGAAUAUAUUUACUUUGUAUACUAUUGUUUUACAUUGUAUACUUGUAAAAAUAAAUAUUUUUUCAAAUA